UGCCCGCCGCCGGGCCCUGGGGCAGCUACCUCUGCGACGCGCCCUGGCGCCUGCUCGCCUCCGCAGUCCGCGCCAUGAGGAACCGCCUGCAGCGGCCGGACUUCGUCCUCUGGACCGGGUGAGGAUGGGCCGGCGUCCCGCCGGGAGGGGGGGGAUCCGCUGCCCGGCCGCCCCCACAGCAGCGGCGGUUGGAGGGGCUCUGAACCCCCCACUGGUGGGGCUCUCCUCAGCUUGCCUUCUCCGUCCUCCCGCUGCAGUCCGGGUGGCUGAGGGAUGGUGUCCGCCUCGUUAGAGAGAUGCCUCCCCGAGAGGAGAAACACCAAAUAUUCCAGGCAUUGACAGUGGGGGUUCUGGGGUCAUGCAUUGCCCUCAGGCUGUGGCACGGUCCUGCCUGCUCAGAGGGCUGCCAGGCUUUGGAUGGGAGAAGGGGCAGCCGGAGGGCUGGGGCAUAAGGAGCUUGUGGGGGAUCCAGGUCUCUACAUGGCAAGGUAAGGAUGUGCCUUAUGAUGCAAAGUGGAGGCUUGGGGGAGAGCAUAACCGGAACGAGGCUUCUCGACGCCAGCAAGAGGCUCCCAACAAGCCCCAGCAGCGAGAAACAGUAAGAGAUGAUACUCCUCACAUCCCCAGUGAGAAGCUUGGAGAAGAAAAGGUUCUGCACAUAAUAGAAAAUCUGACUUCUCUGAUAAAAGAGACAUUUCCAGAUACUAAAGUCUAUGCGGCGAUGGGCAAUCAUGACUUCCACCCCAAGAAUCAGUUUCCAGGGAAGGAGCACAGGAUCUACAACCGAACAGCUGAACUGUGGCGUUCCUGGCUGAAUGAUGCUUCCACUCCUCUUUUCAGAGCAGGAGCUUUCUACAGUGAGAAGCUGCCCAGCCCAAGGACAAGGGGGCGAAUGGUUGUGCUCAAUACCAAUCUGUACUAUGACAAGAAUAAUGAGACAGCUGGUGAGGAAGAUCCUGGAGGGCAGUUCCAGUGGCUGGAAGAAACACUGACCAAUGCUUCUAGAGCAGAUGAAAUGGUCUACAUUGUGGGGCACGUCCCUCCUGGCUUCUUCGAGAAGAAACGAGGCAUGCCCUGGUUCCGGAGUGGCUUUAAUGAACGAUACUUGAAAAUCGUGCAGAAGCACCACAGGGUGAUUGCUGCCCAGUUUUUUGGGCACCAUCACACAGACAGCUUUCGGAUGUUUUACAGUGAUACAGGUUCUCCAAUCAAUGUCAUGUUCCUGGCCCCUGGAGUGACUCCCUGGAAAACAACAUUACCUGGAGUGAACAAUGGAGCCAACAACCCUGGGAUUCGGGUGAUCGACUAUGAUCCAGACACCCUUCAAGUGUUGGAUAUGGUGACUUACUACUUGAACCUAACUCGUGCCAACAUGAUGGCCUCAACAGGGGAGGAAGAGUUCCCAACAUGGGAAGAAGAGUAUAGGCUGACAGAAGCCUUCCAAGUCCCUGAUGGCUCUCUGCGCUCCAUGCAAACAGUGCUGGAGAGGAUAUCAAAGGAUCCGCACUAUCUGCAGCAGUACUAUGAGUUUAACUCUGUCAGAUAUGACCUCACCCCGUGCGAGGAGGCCUGCCGCGUUGAUCAUGUUUGUGCCAUCAGGGAAGUUGAUUUUACAAAAUACAAUGAGUGUGUUAAAACCAGCAGCUCUGCCUCUGCCAUCAUCAGUGUUCGGCUUUUAUUCUUCUGCUUGCUCUUAGGACUUCUUAGUCCCCAGCAAGCGCUGUAAUGACUGAGAGCAAGAGAAAACGAAGAGAGCGCGAGUUCACAAUGCACAUGAAUCGGCAAUUAUGAAUGCUUUUGGCAUUGAGAACUUACUCUGAAACCAAGACAAAAUCAGUGGUUUUACUAAAAGCUCUGUGAUGUUGAUCUGAAAUCUAGAAAAAACUGAUGUAUCAGGAAAGGGCAGUGAUUGCUACAAAGUCUUUUUGUGCCAGACUGACUUGCAUCAGGGAGUCCAUCCCCCUUACGCUGUGACUUCUGAGGUAGUCUCACAAGUCAGGCGAAGACCAGGCUUCCUGGUGGACUUUAACUUAUCGUGCAUGAGAGCUGUGAGCUGCCACUUGUUCCCGAGGAGUCUGCUGCCAGGUGGGUUCCUCAUGUUGGCACACGCUUCGCUUCUGGAAAGACCACACAACUGGUGACCUGGAAGGUCUUGUUUUGGUGGCCUUGUACAGCAGCAGCCCUGCCUUUGGCUUAUGAGCAGAGCCAGGUGGGAUUAGUUCUUCCUUUGACGGUGUAUGAACAGCAAGUUUGGGCCAUGACUUUCAUGUGUCAGUGCCCAAGACAAGGCUCCAGGGUAAGAAGCUUAAUUAUUAUUAUUUUUUUAAAUUUUUAUUUAUUUUUUCCCCCAAUUGCUGAACAUAAACAGCUCUUUCCUUUGUGCUCUCUUAA